AUGAGAAGAGAUCAGAGAAGUCCAAAACAGGAUCCAAUUUUGAGUUCUCAAUAUGUUGUAUGCGAGGGAAGGUACAACUGCCAUUUUGAAGCACUUGAUCGGACGCUCAGGAAUCUUAUGUCAGUUACCGAUCAACAUAAGACACAUCAACCAUUUGGUGGUAAGAUUGUUGUUCUAGGAGGUGAUUUCAGACAGAUACUUCCGAUGAUUCCGAAAGGAAGUAAACACGAUAUAUUAGCAUCCGAUAUUAACUCAUCCCAUCUGUGGUCAUUUUGUAAGGUGAAACUGCAUACGAAUAUGAGGCUUCUAAUGUCUUCUUCGGAUCAAGAUGAAGGUGAAAUGAAGAUAUUUGCUAAUUGGAUACUUGAUGUUGGAAAUGGAAAUAUUGGCUCUGUUGUUGGUGAUGAAUCAAAAGUUGAAAUUCCAGAUGAUCUAUUGAUUACAACUACUGAUGAUCCUCUCUCUCAUUUGGUAGACUUUGCAUAUCCAAAUUUGUUGCAAAACAUGUCAGAUUACAAGUAUUUUCAGAGUAGAGCAAUUCUUGCACCCACACUUAAGAGUGUCGAGAAGGUAAACGAUUUUGUCUUGACAAUCUUUCCAGGGAUGGAAAAGGAGUAUUUGAGCUCUGACACAACAUGUCAAGCUGAUGAGAAUGAAGAUGUAAAACAAGAGUGGUUCACACCAGAGUUUCUAAAUGACAUCAAAUGUUCGGAACUACUCAAUCACAAGUUGACUUUGAAGUCAGGAGUCGCUGUAAUGCUACUGCGAAACAUAUAUCAGACUUCAGGUGUAGCGUUUAUGUCUCGCCGUGUUAUCUUGAAUAUGUCGACUAAGGUCCCUCCUGCUCUUCGAAUUUGGGUAGAUAAUACUGUUCUUAGUUGUGUUCCGGUGACCGAUAAAGAGUACUGUGAUGAGUUUCGUAGGCACCAUAGUAUAUGUGAGAAUAGGGAGGAUGAGAGAAGCUAUAUUUUAGAACCGCCCGACCCAGAGGAGAAAGUGUAUGAUCUAGCUGAGUUAGACGACCUAAAGAGGAGUGUUGUAGAUUUUGUGUUGGAUACAUGGGGCCAAGCUCCCCCAUUUAGACACAAAAAGAUAUUUGGAAAAUCCCAACCAUCUGAAGUCUAA